UGCAGAGACGGGGGGUGAAAACUGAUGGAAAUUAUGAACCGAAGCAAAGGAGAAAAUAAGAAGAAAGGAAGAGAAAAAAGAUAGCAGAGUAAAUGAGACAGAAAUUCAACAACCACAUGCAAUUGGGUUGAAAGACAGCCAUUAAUGCAAAGUUGAACCAUAUUCUUACCCACAGCAUUAAUGAAGUUCAACUAACAAUGCCAGCCCCAAAGUCAUCUUUACUCAUCCUCACCGCCUUAUUUUGCUGCUAAAUUUUCAGCACUGCGUUAUAUCUUCACACCCAUUACCUUUUUCUCUUGGUUUCUUUCCAUUCCUGGUAAAACUUUGAUGUGGAACUCGGCGGAGAACUUCUCGGCGCGUUCCGAGUCAUUUAGGGAGGAUGUGGACGACGAAGAGGCGCUGCGGUGGGCGGCACUGGAGCGGCUUCCCACGUACCGCCGCAUUAGGCGCGGAAUUUUCCGUAACAUGGUGGGUGACACCAAGGAGAUCGACAUACACACUCUUCAAGCGGAAGAGCAAAAGAUCGUCUUGGAUCGGUUAAUUAACUCUGUUGAUGAUGAUUGGGAGAAUUUUUUCACUCGCGUACGACGCCGGUUCGACAGAGUUGAUAUGGACUUACCGAAGGUUGAAGUUAGAUUUCAACAUUUAACAGUUGAAUCAUUUGUUCAUGUUGGUAGUAGAGCUUUGCCUACGAUUUCAAAUUUUAUCAUCAACAUGACUGAGGCUUUAUUCAGGCAGCUAAGAAUACACUCUGGUAAGAGAAGAAAGCUGACAAUUUUAGAUGAUAUUAGUGGGAUAAUUCGACCAGGAAGAUUAACUUUAUUAUUAGGUCCUCCAAGCUCUGGGAAGACGACGCUACUGGUAGCCCUUGCUGGACGCCUCAGAUCUGAUCUUCAGAUGUCAGGUAAAGUAACCUACAACGGGCAUGCUCUUAAUGAGUUUGUUCCCCAAAGGACAUCUGCUUAUAUCAGUCAACAAGAUUGGCACAUAGCAGAGAUGACAGUAAGAGAAACACUAGACUUCUCAGCACGCUGUCAAGGUGUUGGUUAUAAAUAUGAUAUGCUUCUGGAACUUUUAAGAAGAGAGAAGGUUUCUGGAACAAAGCCUGAUGAAGAUCUUGAUAUAUUCAUGAAGGCAUUGUCUUUGGAGGGGAAGGAGACAGGCAUUUUAGUGGAAUACAUUUUGAAGAUCUUAGGACUGGACCUCUGUGCGGAUACUCUGGUUGGAGAUGAAAUGAUUAAAGGAAUCUCUGGUGGUCAGAAAAAGCGUCUGACAACAGGUGAAUUAUUAGUGGGUCCGUCAAGAGUGCUAUUCAUGGAUGAAAUAUCAACUGGUCUUGAUAGUGCGACUACAUACCAAAUCAUCAAGUAUCUUAGGCAUUCAACCUGUGCACUUGAAGGAACCACCGUGAUUUCUCUGCUUCAACCAGCACCUGAGACUUAUGAGUUAUUUGAUGAUCUUAUUCUCUUGUCUGAAGGCAAGAUUGUAUACCAGGGACCUCGUGCAGCUGUCCUCGAAUUCUUUGCAUAUAUGGGUUUCAGUUGUCCGGAUCGGAAAAAUGUGGCGGACUUCCUUCAAGAAGUUAUAUCAAAGAAGGACCAAGAGCAAUACUGGGCUUCAUCUGAUCGGCCCUACCGAUACAUACCAGUUAUGAGAUUUGCUGAAGCCUUUAGCUCAUACAGGAUAGGGAAGAAUUUAUGUGAGGAACUAGAUGUCCCCUUUGAUAAGCGUUACAAUCAUCCAGCAGCUUUAUCAUCUUCUCAAUAUGGGGUCAAGAAGAUUGAACUUCUUAAAACCAACUUUGACUGGCAAUUACUUCUUAUGAAGCGGAAUCUGUUUAUCUAUGUUUUCAAAUUCAUACAGCUCCUUUUGGUUGCUCUGAUUACAAUGAGUGUUUUCUGCCGGGCUACACUGCAUCAUGAUACAGUUGAUGAUGGAGGCCUUUAUCUGGGAGAAUUGUACUUUUCAAUGGUGAUUAUUCUUUUCAAUGGCUUCACAGAGGUUUCCAUGCUGGUUGCCAAGCUUCCGAUUCUUUACAAGCACAGGGACUUGCACUUCUACCCCAGUUGGGCAUAUACAAUACCUUCAUGGCUUUUAAGCAUUCCAACUUCAUUGAUAGAGUCUGGUUUCUGGGUGGCAGUAACAUACUAUGUGGUUGGAUUCGACCCAAACAUUACCAGAUUUCUUCGGCAGUUCGUGCUUUUCUUCUUUCUUCAUCAAAUGUCUAUAGGUCUUUUCCGUCUGAUGGGUUCAUUGGGCCGCAACAUGAUUGUGGCAAAUACUUUUGGAUCCUUUGCUAUGUUGAUAGUCAUGGCUCUUGGAGGAUACAUCAUUUCAAGAGAUAGGAUCCCUCCUUGGUGGAUCUGGGGAUUUUGGAUUUCCCCGCUAAUGUAUGCUCAAGAUGCUGCUUCUGUGAAUGAAUACAAGUGCGGACAACUCAACUCAGUCACUUGGCAAAGCAUUGCUAAAGGCUCGCAAUUUGUUCCCUGAAAGUUACUGGUACUGGAUUGGUGUUGGUGCUUUGGUCGGUUAUACCAUCUUAUUCAAUAUCCUUUUUACGCUGUUCCUCUCAAAGCUGAGCCCUCUGGGGAAGCAUCAAGCUAUUGUUUCUAAGGUGGAGCUUGAAGACAGGGAGAAGAUGCAAAAAGGAGAACCUGUUGUAAUACAGCUAAGAGACUUUUUGCAGCACUCAGGCUCGUUUGCUAAGAAGAGUUUUAAACAAAGAGGCAUGGUGCUUCCGUUUCAGCAAGUCUGUAUGUCUUUCAGCAAUAUCAGUUACUAUGUGGAUGUACCCCUGGAACUGAAGCAGCAAGGCAUAUUAGAGGACAAACUGAAGUUAUUGAAUAAUAUCACAGGAGCAUUCAGGCCUGGUGUGCUCACUGCAUUAGUCGGAGUAAGUGGGGCUGGAAAAACCACCCUUAUGGAUGUAUUAGCUGGUAGAAAGACUGGUGGUACUAUAGAAGGAAACAUCAGUAUAUCUGGCUAUCCUAAAAGACAAGAGACCUUCGCUAGAAUAUCAGGGUACUGUGAGCAAAAUGAUAUUCAUUCUCCCUGCUUAACUGUUCAUGAAUCGCUUCUGUUCUCUGCAUGGUUGCGGUUACCGUCAGAUAUUGACUUGCAAACUCAAAAGGCAUUUGUUGAUGAGGUGAUGGAACUUGUGGAGCUGACUCCUCUAAAAGGAGCUUUGGUAGGUCUACCAGGAGUUGAUGGACUAUCAACGGAGCAAAGAAAACGCCUUACUAUUGCGGUUGAACUGGUAGUCAAUCCUUCUAUAGUGUUCAUGGAUGAACCCACAUCAGGGUUGGAUGCUAGGGCUGCAGCCAUUGUCAUGAGGACUGUGAGGAAUAUAGUAAAUACUGGAAGAACAAUAGUUUGCACAAUUCAUCAACCCAGCAUUGACAUCUUUGAAUCCUUCGAUGAGCUUUUAUUUAUGAAACGGGGAGGAGAGCUCAUUUAUGCUGGUCCACUUGGUCCCAAGUCUAGCAAACUGAUAGACUAUUUUGAGGGGAUUGACGGAUUACCGAGGAUAAGGCCUGGAUAUAAUCCUGCUACAUGGAUGUUAGAGGUUACAUCAUCAGCAGAAGAAAACCGCCUCGGUGUUGAUUUUGCUGAAAUUUACAGAAAAUCUACCCUCUUUCAAUUUAAUGAAGAGUUGGUUGCGAGGCUAAGCAAACCGGCUGUUGAUUCAGAAGAUCUCAAUUUUCCUACAAAGUAUUCACGGUCGUAUUUUGAUCAAUUUGUUGCAUGCCUCUGGAAGCAGAACCUAUCAUACUGGCGAAACCCACAAUACACUGCAGUUCGCUUCUUCUACACAGUGAUAAUAUCGCUGAUGCUUGGAACAAUAUGUUGGGAAUUUGGUUCCAAAAGGGACACACAGCAGGACAUUUUUAAUGCCAUGGGAUCAAUGUAUGUAGCAGUGCUGUUUGUUGGAAUUACCAAUGCAACUGCUGUUCAACCAGUUGUUUCUGUUGAAAGAUUUGUUUCGUAUAGAGAAAGGGCAGCAGGAACAUAUUCAGCUUUGCCAUUUGCAUUUGCUCAGGUCGCUAUCGAGUUUCCUUAUGUGUUCGUGCAAGCACUAAUUUACUGCACGAUAUUCUACUCGUUGGCCUCCUUUGAGUGGGCUGCUUCUAAAUUUCUGUGGUACACAUUUUUUAUGUACUUCACUAUGUUGUAUUUCACCUUUUAUGGCAUGAUGACAACUGCUGUCACUCCCAACCACAAUGUCGCCGCCAUUAUUGCUGCCCCGUUCUAUAUGCUUUGGAAUCUCUUCAGUGGAUUCAUGAUACCUCACAAGAGAAUUCCAAUAUGGUGGAGAUGGUAUUAUUGGGCAAACCCUGUUGCUUGGAGUCUCUAUGGACUCGUUGCUUCUCAAUAUUCUGACAGUGAUCGACUUGUAAAACUUUCGGAUGGAGCUAAAUUGAUGUCAAUAAAGCUGUUAGUCAAGAAUGUUUUCGGAUUCAGGCAUGAUUUCAUUGGUAUCGCAGGGUUUAUGUUGGUAGGUUUUUGUAUGUUAUUCGCUCUGAUCUUUGCUUAUGCCAUCAAAUCGUUUAACUUUCAGAGGAGAUGAUUUGUAAUAGGUGAUUAGGUCAUCACAUGGAAACUCCAGAUUUUGUAGUUUGGACGGAGCUUUGCCAUUCAUAUGUAAUCGUUGUACUCAGAAAAUAUAAUAAGGUAUCUGCAUAUUUUAUA